GCCCGUUUGAGUAAAAGCCCAAUUCUGAUGGUCAAGAUGAGACCAAGAUGCAAUUUAUUUAUUUAUAUAUAAACCCUAGUUUCAAACGCAAAACCUAAUCGGUGUGUCUCCAGCAGCCUGUGUUCUUUCCGAUGGGGGCGUACAAGUACGUGUCAGAGCUAUGGAGGAAGAAGCAGUCCGAUGUGAUGAGGUUUCUACAGAGGGUGAGAUGCUGGGAAUAUCGCCAACAUCCAUCAAUUGUCCGCGUCAAUCAUCCCACUCGCCCGGAUAAAGCUCGGCGUCUUGGUUACAAAGCCAAGCAGGGUUAUGUGGUUUACAGGGUACGAGUGAGACGUGGUGGUAGGAAGAGGCCUGUUCCUAAGGGUAUUGUUUAUGGGAAGCCAACAAACCAGGGUGUUACCCAAUUGAAGUUCCAGCGCAGCAAGCGAUCGGUUGCAGAAGAACGGGCAGGGCGAAAGUUGGGUGGUUUGAGAGUUCUUAAUUCUUACUGGAUCAACGAGGAUUCUACCUACAAAUACUAUGAAGUGAUAUUGGUUGAUGUUGCCCAUAAUGCGAUUCGCAAUGACCCGAGAAUCAAAUGGAUCUGCAAUCCAGUCCACAAGCACAGGGAGCUCAGAGGACUCACGUCAGCUGGCAAGAAGUACAGGGGUCUUCGAGGAAAAGGACAUUUGCACCACAAAGCCAGGCCUUCUCGCCGGGCAACCUGGAAGAGGAACAACACUCUCUCACUGCGUCGAUACCGUUGAUUUUGGUAUUGUUUUCCUCUGUUUUGGUAUUUUUAUUAUGAGCAUUCUGUUUGUUGAGGAAUGUAGUGGAAGAAGUUACUUCAAUUAAAAAGUUUUGAACUUCAUAAUUUACAUUGAGAUUUGUCAGGAUGUUUCUAAACUAAGCUAAGUAACUACUUUUGAGUUCAUUGCAAUUAAUGUAUUUUCUUUUUAUA